AUGAUAAUGCGACGUGGAAAAAUAGCUUCAGCUCUAACUUUUGUAUGUUUCUUAGUGUUUCAAAGUCAAGGUUCAGCACACAGUGCACAUGAGGGACAUGGAGACAAACCGCAUACCCGUAAGCGUUGAAAUUAUUAUUACGAGAACUGGAAAAUACAAAUAACGGGAGGGUUUGAAAGCACGGAGGUCAGAUUCUGAUCAAACCUGACAUAAAGCGUGAUUACUAGAAGUUACUGACCUUUUGGUAAUAUAGAAGUUGCUAAAAAUUUGACGUUUUUUAACAAAGGGGUACCCUAAGUGCGACGCUCAGAUUUUCUUCAAAUUUUUGACACAUGUCGGGCAUAGACUAGAUAUCAAUUUCUGAAAGUCUUAGCUCGCGCUUUGCAGGCGACUCUGAGAUAUUACUGAUCUUUGCUGCCGAGAGAGUACGCUAAAAGCGGAGAGCGGUCAGAGAGAAAAACACUUUUUUCCAUAAGUUCGCUAGUUUCAUUCAGAAAAAAAUGAUUUUUUCUGGAAACAUUACCCUUUACGGUAGCAAUAGGUAUGAAAAUUUUCGUGGCGAAAUUCGGCAAAAAGUCGAAAUUUUUUGCAGACAUUCGACCUAAAAAUCUCGGUUGUUUCUGCAAAGCGCGAGCUAUUAACAUACACUGCAAUGCGCCAACAAAAAAAAAGAUAUUUUUUCUACGCGAUAUUGGCAGAUUUAUGGCCAAAAAACAGUCUUUUCUCUAACCGCCCUCCACGUUUUGCAUACUCUCUUGCCGUUAAAGAUCGUUGAGUAUCUCGGCUGCUCCUGCCAAGCGAAAGCUAAAUUUUACAGAGAUUGAUAUGUAAGCUAGUUGCAACGUAUGUGCAAAAUUUAACGAGAAUCUGAGCGUCGCACUUUCAGCAUUACUCUUCCCAAAAAAAUCUAAAUUUUGCUUAAAAUUUCUCUCAUACUUUAAAUUUCAGACAAAUUCGGAAACCUUGAGGACAUUGAAGAUGAAGAGUAAGUGAUUGUAGUUAUUUUAUCCUCGAUUAUAUCCAAUUUCAGCCACAUAAAACUGCACUUGAACGAUACAAUUGACUUGAAUAUUACAAUGGACAAGGAACACAGUCAUUUCUACUAUUUCAACAUGCAUAAUCUCAAUGGGGACUCUUAUAUUGACGGGCUGGAGAUUGCAAAAGUAAGAAUGAAUCUGUAGAACAGUAAUCCAUGAUUUUUAUUGCCUUAGGGUCUAACGCAUAGUCACGACGGCGAGCCCUUUACUCCCAUGGCGGACGAAGAACUGGAGCUGAUGGUCGACGCGAUUAUGGCUGAUUUCGAUGCAGAUGGAAAUGGACUUGUCGAUUAUUCCGAGUAUAGUGCGUCAUUGAACAAGGUUAAUAAUAAAUAA